UUACAAUCGGCGAGAAAAAGGACGCUUGUAUCGAGACAGAGAUAUUUUCUCUCGUUUCUCGUCUCUUAGAGACUCUAAGAGAUUGCAGGCACCAUGUCUAUGUCUGGUGCUGAAUACUUGGCCUCCAUCUAUGGCACAGAGAAGGAUAAGGUCAACUGUUCAUUUUACAUCAAGACUGGAGCUUGUCGUCACAGUGAAAGAUGUUCCAGAAAACACAACAAACCACAGUACAGCCAAACAGUGGUGAUGCAGAACAUGUACGUGAGCCAGCAGAACUCAGCCAAGUCAGCUGAUGGAUCUCAUUUGGCCAACAUGAGUGACCAUGAGAUCCAGGAACAGUUUGAGUAUUUCUUUGAGGACGUGUUCUUCGAAUGUGAGGACAAGUAUGGAGAGAUUGAGGAGAUGUGCGUGUGCGAUAAUCAGUGUGACCACCUGAGAGGCAAUGUGUACAUCAAGUUCCGGCGGGAGGAAGAUGCAGUUAAGGCAGCAGAGGACCUCAACAACCGCUGGUACAUGUUCCGACCUAUCUAUUGUGACCUGUGUCCUGUGGCUGAUUUCCGUGAGGCCUGCUGCCGCCAGUUUGAAAUGGGCCAGUGUGGUAAGGGUGGAUUCUGCAACUUCUGGCAUGUCAAGCCCAUUUCACACCACCUCAAGAACUUACUGGCGCGUUCCUCCAGGUCCCGUUACAGGUACCGGUCCAGGUCACGCUCCAGGUCUCGUGACAGGCAUGAGAAGCACGCCCCUGAGAAACACAGAAGGAGGUCUCGCUCACGCUCUCGUGACCGUGACCGCCGAGACCGCAGAGGCAGAUACUGAGGGGCCUCCACUGAUGUCUUUUAAUAUUCAUACUGUUGUUUGCCUCUUCAUUUUUUUUCAUUUUUUUUAUUUUUUAUUUUCUUUUCUUCCCCUUUUUCUUUUUCCAAGUACUUUCUAUAGUAUUGGAGUUUAAGGGUUUUUUUGUUUUUUUUUUAUUAUUAUUAUUAUUUUCCGUUUUGGAACUUCUAUUCCUUAGGGGGCAAGAGAAUAAAGUAAACCUUCAGUAAUUUUAGAAUGCCAGCUUCAUUUCAUCGUUGAUUGUGUUAAAAUGGAGAAUGUUACAUAAUCAUGAUAGUAUCAGUCAUCAGACGCGAGGCUAUAGUCGCAUCAGUCUGAGACAUUUGUUUUAUAAAGAACUUUUUUUCACGUGUAGAACCUAAAAGUAUAAAAUGAAGACUUUUGUAUUAUAAGUUUAGAAGAUAGGAUUGUGUAGAGUAUAAAGUGAUGUGGAACUACAGAACAAUAGUACAAUGGAUCCUGAAUUUCCAGUGUGGAUUUUAUCGUGGCUCUUUUUUAUUAUUAUUAUUGCUAGGCUCAUCUUUUUAAUAUUACCAUCAACAAAUAUAUUUGUAACAAUGUUAGAAUCAUCAUAAUUUCACUUGAAAAAAAAAAUGAAAAUUAUAUUGCUGACACUGGGAACUUUUGUUUCUAAUGUUUGACCAACAAUUUUUUAACAUGAAUUGAUAUAUUUAUUAUUAUUAUUACUAUUACCAUUAUGAAUAUUAUUGUUAUUGUUAUUAUUAUGAUUAUGAUUAUGAUUAUUAUGAUUCUUAUGAUUCCUUGUUUUUUUUCUAACUUCUGAAUACUACCACUGCUACUAAUAAAGAGGAUAAACAUAGGAGUCGGAGAUGCCUAGCUGCCCUUAGGGGAUCCUUUCUUUGUUUGGGGAAACGCAAAACAAUGGUAUGUUUGGUUACCAUUAAAUUGCCAAUACAUAUUCCUCCAUUCUUAAACCUAGAAGUGUGCAGAGGUUACAGUGCACAGAAUAGCCAUAGCAUACAGUGCUUUGUGUGACUGGCUGUCUUAAAGGUGAUAUCUAGAGUCUGCUAGAAGAAUGUUUUAUUUUUUAUUUUUUUAUUUUUUUUAUGAGGAAAAAAAAGAAAAGGUAAAUCCAGAGUUCAGCCAAUGCAAGAAAUGUAUACAUAUUUAUAUCUUCCAACCAUGGAGAGAAUACAUAGUGAAAACCAUAAUUCUAAUUUUUGUACACAGUGUAAGUUUAUGCCAAGUUCACAUGGAUCAUGUGCUCUUUAUUGGGACAAUCUGCAAGCCGCUAAUUGUAAACAAAGUAGAAGAAACUGCUCGGGAAGUGAUUUUGAUAAUUGGGCCAACCCAGGAGGAUGGCCGUGUGUAUUUAGCAAGGUGUGCUUUCCUUUGCUGAUAAGGAAAAGAUUCAGAUUGUCAAUAUUUUUUAGUUAAUUCCUUUUUUUUUUUCUUUUCUUUCUUUUUUUGUAUACAAGUGUGUUUAUUGGAUGUAUGACAAAGGGCUGUAGAAUGUGUUUUUGUGAGUUUUGUUUUUUUCUUUUUGUCUGAAGUUUUCCAAAUAAAAUAUUUUAAAUCUUAAAAUACAGCUGCUACAAAUCUAAUAUGUUUGAUUUGAUCACUUAUCUUUUAUCUGAUUUUAAUGAAGAAUAUAUAUAUUAAUGGACAAAAGUAUGUAUAAUGAACAGUCCUAUGACAUUUGAUAUAAUGAAAGGGAUUAUAAAAAAUAAUAAUAGUAAUUCCUGAUAAUUUUCCAAAAAAAUAAGUUUUUUAUCUUAUAGGGGAGAUGUCAAAGGUAGGAAAUAAAGUAUUAUAUAAGUAUAUUUAAAAAAAAAAAAAAGUCAUUCAUUUAUACUUUUUGUUUUUUAUAUUUUAUUUUUUGAUUUUUUUUAGAAUAUUGAUGAUAAAAGAUGUGGAUGAAUAUGUAAAAAAAAAAAAUAAUAAUAAUAAUAAAUAAAAUAAAUCGUAGAUUCAAUAAGCAAAUUUACACAUGACCCUAAUGUACAAGCAUGUCAUGUUAUAUGGAAUGGUUUUCCUGGUUUGAGAAAAACUAAAUAAUUUAGAGUUCUAUAAUUAGAUAUUUCUAUUGAAAGAACCUUUGGUCAUCAGCCUCCGUUGUAACUGGCCAGGUUAAUGUCACAAAAAACUGACUUAAUAUUGCUUUUUAGUAUUGUGAUUAGGGAUAAUGUUCAUAUAUAAUUGAUUCUUUAUGAACGGUUCAUUCAGGAAUAAAUCUUGAAAAAAAAAAAAAUUUCAGCUCUUAGUUUUGUUUUGUUUUUUUGGUUUGUUUAUGUAUAUUUUAAUAGUCAUAUCUAACCAAUUACAGAGGUUAAAAAUAAAAAAGCUAUAUUCAAA